UCCUGGGUCGAGUUCCCCUUUAAGGAGGCAGCGCUCAGUGCUGGGAAUUCACGUCAUUUCGCCACUUAAAUACCCAAAUCAAUGAGCACUGCGUUGUCCGCCUUUCGGUGUCUGUCUUCCAGGAAGAAACUAGUAUAAUCAACACAUCGCAAAAUGUAGCCCGUCGCACAAGGAGGAUAACAAAGAAGUUGCGUUUAUCUUCGACGUGCACGACCGUUUAACCGAAAUAUACACAUUAAACUUGAAUGUGACUCAGAUGGAAACCAGUGCAAGUACUGGAGUCGGCUGCGGAUGAUUCUCUGGGUUAUUUCAAGGAAAAAACGGGGGAAGGAAAGUGGGAAAAGCUGAACUUCCUGGAUUGACUGAGACAUGUCCGAAUCCCCAUUGCAGAAUAAAAUUAAGCAGGAGAGGAUCUCAUUCAGUCCUUCUGCCAGCCCGGUGCCAAACUCCACUUCCUCCCCUGUUCAUGUUCCAGCCUCUCGACAGGCCGGCAGGAUGGACGGAGAGCCAGGGAGCCUGCCCGCACACCUGCCAGGCCUGCAGCCCGGGUUCUGGAGCCGGGAGGACGUGUCUCAGUGGCUGAAGUGGGCGGAGCGCGAGUUCUCCCUCCACCCCAUCGCCAGCAGCACCUUCCAGAUGAACGGCAAGGCCCUGCUGCUGCUCACCAAGGAGGACUUCCGCUACCGUUCACCGCACUCCGGGGAUGUCCUGUUCGAACUGCUCCAGCACAUCCUAAAGCAGAGGAAGACCCACUCCUUCUACCCCUCCGUCUUCUUUCCCGGGAACUCCUUCCACUCGCCCCCAGAGGGCGCUGUACAGCAGCUCAAACUUGAAGAAACGGUACGGCGGCCCCCCCGCGGUACGGAGCCCCUCCCCCUCCACACCCCCACCAUAGAGCUGCGGCACCGCCCCCGCUCGCCCCUCCGCCCGGACCCCUCCCUCCGCGAGGACCCCCCGCAGGCGGCCUCCCAGCUGCCCGACAGCAACCACCACCCGGAGGACCCGUACCCGCUGUGCGUGUCCCCGGCGGAGCGGGGCAACGGGCGCUGCGUCACCCCCCACGAGGGCCCCCGCCCGGGCAGCCCCGAGGGGCCCCGCGUCAUCCAGCUGCUGCCCAGCGCCAUCAUGCACCCGCUGGUCCUGGCCCCCCGCGGCGGGGUGGACUUCCGCGGCUCGCGGGGGGGCCCCGAGAACGGCCGCGAAGGUCGGAACCUCACGCCCCAGCACCACCACCACCGCGAGGAGCUGCUCUUCCGCAACCACAUCGUCAUGCCCGUGUCCCCGCCCGACGAGCAGGCUCUGCCCCUGGGCCGCAUCGCGGACUGCAGGCUGCUGUGGGACUACGUGUAUCAGCUCCUGUCUGACAGCCGGUACGAGAACUUCAUUCGCUGGGAGGACAAGGAAACCAAGGUUUUCCGGAUCGUGGACCCCAACGGUCUCGCUCGCCUGUGGGGUAAUCACAAGAACAGGACCAACAUGACCUACGAGAAGAUGUCCCGAGCGCUGAGGCACUACUACAAACUCAACAUCAUCAGGAAGGAGCCGGGGCAGCGGCUCCUGUUCAGGUUUAUGAAAACCCCGGAUGAGAUCAUGAGCGGACAGACGGACAGGUUGGAACACCUGGAGUCGGAUUUAGACGACUCGAUGUACGUGAAGGAGGAAUGCUAAAGGGCAGGGAGAGAGUCCGAGGAGCGACAGAAAGCCCAGUUGGUACCUGGCACAACGGUAGAAUAAAAACCCGUCACUCUGGACCAGUGACCACAAGGGACCACGAGGACUCGGUUCAGCUCGCUUAAACCGGAGGGACCUGACCGCGCACCGCGGUUUUGACUGCGACGGCCAGGUUUUCACUCAUUUGAUCAAGUUUUUCAAGGACAUAUCCUAAAUGUGAUGAGAUUGGUUUAAUAAAAUUGAAAAAAAAAAAAAAGAACAUUCCUUAACGUGACACUCAGGAUUUUCCAUGAUGGUGGAAAGUUCUUGGAUCAUGAUUUUUUUGGUGUGGGGAUUUUAACCUAAGCCUUACUCGUGGUGUCGUUGCCAUCCUGUGCAAAUAUAAGGGUGACUUUUAAAAACAAAAAGACAUUUUCAAUACAGAGCAGAACUUUUUUUUUUUCUAGGUUCGAUGAAAUUGUUUUUUUUCUUCCUCUUUCUUCUUUCUAAUGGGGGUUACAGUGCAUUUUGCAGAUUUUCUUGGGGAGAAAUGGGACACCUUACAGUACAGAGUGCUUGUCUUCGUAGAAGGGACGCACAUCAAUGAAAUGUUAAAUACAAAGAGAAAAAAAUA